AUGCUGCAGCAGCUUCCUAUCACCUUUAGAGGGAUACCCAAGCUCCAGAGCAUUCAGGGUGGUAGCUCGGGCUCGGCCCGGAGUGGGACGCAGCCGGGCGGCCCAGGCGCCGCCGUGGGCAACCUUUUCAGCCUCAAGAAGCAGAGCCACGUCACGGAGCAGGACAAGGCCAUCCUGCAACUGAAGCAGCAGCAGGAUAAGCUGAAGCAGUACCAGAAGCACAUCAAGCAGCAGCUGGAGCGGGAGAGGGAGGUCACCCGACAGCUCCUUCGGGACGGCAAGAAGGAACGGGCCAAGCUGCUGCUCAAGAAGAAGAGGUGCCAGGAGCAGCUCCUGGACAAGACGGAAAACCAGAUCACCAGCCUGGAGGCCAUAGUUCAGAGCAUCGAGUUCACCCAGAUCGAGAUGAAGGUCGUCGAAGGGCUGCGGUUCGGGAACGAGUGUCUGAACAAGAUGCACCAGGUGAUGUCCAUCGAGGAGGUGGAGAGGAUCCUGGACGAGACCCAGGAGGCUGUGGAGUACCAGUGGCAAAUAGAUGAGUUGCUGGCAGGAAGCUUCACUCGGGAGGAUGAAGAUGCCAUCUUGGAGGAGCUGAACGCCAUCACUCAGGAGCACCUAGAGCUGCCUGAGGUUCCCGCUGAGCCCCUCCCGGAGAAGAGCCCAGAAAAAGUUCCCCUCAAGGCUAGGUCCAGGCAGGCAGAGCUGGUACCAGCUUGUAACUCAGCCUCCUCUGCCGGACUCACAGGGACACCCCGUGUUCUGCAGCCCAGGGCAUCUGGGGUGCGGCCAGCCCCGGCUCUGGUUCCAGGGGGCGGCCAGGCCGGGCCAGACAUGCAAAAGAGGCUGCUGAUGAGGGGGGGCAGCUCGCCGGCCAUGUCAGGAUGA